AUGUUGGCAACUAGAUUGGCUCUAAGAGCUGUCAAACCAGUGGUUUUUAGAUCGGCCUUAUUGGUUUCCGCCAGACCCAUCUCCCCCAUUGGCCUAAGAUUCUUAGCUACCAAGACCCCACAAUCUGACAAGUCUCCUUCUAAGGUUGAUCCUAAGACUAAGGCUUCUUCUCUAAUUGCCGCCCUUCCUGGUUCCAACUUCUUGACUAAAACUGGUACUUUGGCUACUGCUACUGCUGCUACUAUCUAUGCCAUUUCGGAGGGUUUAUACGUCGUCAAUGAUGAAAGUAUGUUGGUGAUCACUUUCUUUUCCUUUGUCUAUUUGAUUGUCAAGACUGUCGUGCCAAUGUAUGGAGAAUUCGCUAAGAAUAGAAUGGCUGCAGUUACUAAAUUAUUGAACGAUGCUAGAGCUAAUCAUGUUCAGGCUGUUAAGGACAGAAUAAAUCAGGUUGCCACUUUGAAAGACAUUGUUUCCACUACCAAGGCUCUCUUUGAGAUGUCAAAGGAAACUGCAGCGUUGGAAGCAGAAUCAUUUGAAUUAAAGCAGAAGGUCCAUGUCGCUAGUGAGGCCAAGUCUGUCUUGGAUUCUUGGCUUAGAUACGAGGCCCAGGUGAGACAAUUACAACAAGAGCAAUUGUCUUCCACUGUUAUUGGAAAUGUCCAAAAGAACUUGAAAGAUCCUAAACUCGAGGACAGAGUUUUGGCUGAAUCCAUUUCAGAGAUCGAGAGAUUGUUCGCCAAGGAAAAAUGA